CUCGAUGUCCCCUCGCUGUCCCCUCGCUGUCCCCAGCCCGCACCCCCCGUGACGCCGCCCGGGUGCCGCAGCUGCUGCAGCAGCGCCAGAAGGAGCGGAGAGAGCGGCGGGAGAGCUUCCAGUGGGCUCCCUACGCCCCGGGCUGGCCCUGGUGUCUCCGGGCGCUGCCCCCGUCCCUGUGCCCUUGGCCACGCCCACCCGACACGCCCCCGGCCAUGACGUCACCGCCCGCGUCCCCGGUGAUGACAUCAGAGGGGCAGACGAUGACGUCACAGGAGUCGACGACGGCAUCACGCGAGCAGACGAUGACGUCAGAAGGGCGGUCGAUGACGUCAGAGGGGCCGUCGAUGACGUCACAGGCCCCGCCCCCCGAGCUGUCGCCCACCCUGAGCUUCCCCCUGGGGCACCGCGCCCAGCUGGCCGCGCGCGCCGCCGCCGCGCAGAUCCGGAUCCGGCUCCGGGGGCUCCGUUCCGGGGGUUCCUGGCGCAGCCUCGGGGACGUUCGGGCGGCGCUCGAGGGUCCCGGGACCCCCAUCAGCGAGUACGUGGUGCGGCACUGGCAGGAGGACGCGUUUUUCGGGGAGCAGUUCCUGAGCGGGGUGAACCCCGUCCUGCUGCGCCGCUGCCGCCGCCUGCCGCCCAACCUCCCGCUCAGCGAGGCCCUGGUGGCCCCGAGCCUGGGCCCGGGGACGUCCCUGCAGCGGGAGAUGGAGGCCGGGCGCCUGUUCCUGGCCGACUACGCGCUGCUGGAGGGGCUCCCCACGGGCUCCCUCGGGGGCCGCCCCCAGUUCGUGGCCGCCCCCCUGUGCCUGCUCUGGCUCGACCCCCGCGGCCGCCUGCUGCCCGUGGCCAUCCAGCUGUCGCAGCGCCCCGGGCCGGGGUCCCCGAUCUUCGUCCCGGGGGGCGGGGGCUGGGCGCUGGCCAAGCUGUGGGUGCGGGGCGCGCACUUCGUGCUGCACGAGAUGGUGACACACCUGCUGCACGGCCACUUCCUGGCCGAGGCCUUCGCCGUGGCCACCCAGCGCCUGCCCGCCGCCCACCCCGUGCACCAGCUGCUCCUCCCCCACCUGCGUUUCACCUUCCACAUCAACAUCCUGGCGCGGGAGACGCUGCUGAGCCCCGGCGGCAUCAUCGACCAGGCCACCUCGGUGGGCCGGGAGGGGACGCUGGCGCUGGUGGCCCGGGGCACGGCGGCGCUGACGUUCGGCGAGCUCUGUGUCCCCGACGACGUGGCCGCGCGCGGCGUUGGGGACAUCCCCGGGUACCACUACAGGGACGACGCGCUGGACAUCUGGGGGGCCAUCCACAGCUACGUGGAGGGCAUCGUGGCGCUCUUCUACGCCGAGGACGCCGAGGUGGCCGAGGAUGAGGAGCUGCAGGAGUGGGUGGGCGAGAUCUUCACCUACGGCGUCCUCGGCAACGAGAAGAGCGGGUUCCCGUCCAAGCUCUGCGGCCGCCCCGAGCUGGUCAAGUUCCUGACCAUGAUCAUCUUCUGCUGCUCCGCCCGGCACGCGGCCGUCAACAGCGGCCAGUACGACUACGCGGCCUGGAUGCCCAACACGCCGGGCUCGCUGCAGCGCCCCCCGCCCGCCAGCGCGGCCGAGGCCAGCGAGGAGCUGCUGGUGGCCACGCUGCCGUCCCCGGAGGCCACCGGGGCCCUGCUGGCCCUGCUCAGCGUGGUCAGCUACGAGGGCGGCCCGCCGCGUCCCCUGGGGUCCCGCUGCCAGGACCUGCUGGCCGGGCCGGGCCCUCGGCGCCUCCUGGCCGCGUUCCGGGCGCGCCUGGCCGCGAUCUCGGAGCGGAUCCGGGCCCGGAACGCCGAGCUGGCCCUGCCCUACCCCUACCUGGAGCCCAGCUGCGUGCAGGAGAGCAUCUCCAUCUGAUGGCACCUGGGCCACCUGGGCCACCUGGGCCACCUGUGUGACCACCUG